AUGGCCCCUAAGCCUGCUUCAACUGGUGGCAAGGCACCUCCCUCCACGGCCUCCAAAGCACCGCCCGCCUCAAAGGCGCCCGCAAAGACCACUGCAGAUAAGUCUGCAAAGACCGCAAAGAAGGCUGCGUCGGGAGACAAGAAGAAGCGCAAGAAGGUUCGCAAGGAGACGUAUGCCUCGUACAUCUACAAGGUGCUUAAGCAAGUGCAUCCUGAUACCGGUAUUUCGAACAAGGCGAUGGCUAUCCUUAACUCAUUCGUCAACGAUAUCUUUGAGCGUAUUGCAACUGAGGCUUCAAAGCUGGCACAAUACUCCAAGAAGUCAACCAUCUCGUCUCGAGAAAUUCAGACAUCUGUGAGGCUCAUCCUACCGGGAGAACUUGCCAAGCACGCUAUCUCUGAGGGUACCAAGUCUGUUACGAAGUUCUCUGCUGGUGCGAAGUAA